UGGGCCACGUGAUUCUUCCAGCCUUGAAGCGUGAGAUCAGGUCGUAGCGUCUUUUGCGCCACCAGCGAGCUGACGUGAUUAGUAUUUUACGUCAUCAUCCCUCGCCCUUGUUGAGAGUAGCUCCUUCCCUGUCACAGUGAUGUUGAUGGCAGUCUCCUCUCACCCAUGAUUUGUCCCAGACCAGUUGUUGCCUCUGGAGAUGGCCAGCAUCACCCAGCUGUUCAAUGAACUAUGUGAGGUCCACCUGGGUCAUGUGCCCUGGAAGACCCACCCUGGCAGGCCUGGUGCCAGCAUGCAGAGGGCCAAACAGGGCCUUAAAAAGGUGGUUUAUGAUGCCCUUUUCAUGGGCCUCUUUCAGGAAGAGGGUCACAAGCUACUGUCGGCUGAGUCCCAGCUUCCUGUGAAAAAUAAGAUUCUGAUGUUGUCCUUCAACUUGCGAGUCGGGGGCCUGGGUCCUGAUGCUGAUAGGCUAGAGGAGCUGGUGGAUGGGUUGGAGGCAGCCCCUGCCCUUGGCCUGCCAUUGACUGAAAUCAGGGCUGUGCUGGAUCUCUUGGUGCGCCUGGCUGGGAGUGGCCCGCCUGUGUUCCUUCCUCAGAAGAGAGACUAUUUUCUGAACAACAAGCAUGUGGGCCGGAAUGUCAAGCAUCAAGGCUACGAUUACUAUGAUGUGAGCAUGUUCGAGGCUGACACACGCUUCCUGAUUGCCAGCCAAGAGCAGCAGUGCUGGGAAACGGUUCAGAAAACGCUGCAAGUGAUGGAGGCCCCACCAGGCACUGGCCUACGUUCCAUCGGGCUCUUUGCCCAUAACUACCCUGGUGUGGACAGGUUUGAGAGAGAGACCCAUGGUUCCCUCUUUGGAGCCCUGGUACACAGCCACACUUAUGACAUGGACAUCAAGCUGGAUCUGCCGCCUGUUCCAGACAGUGCUGACUUGUCAGGCCUUGCCAUCCAAGUUCCCCAAAGCAUUGAUCAGUCAGAAGAUGAAGGCUUCCAGUCAGCAUCUAAUUUGACUCCCGACUCUCAGUCCGAGCCCAGCAUGACUCCAGACAUUGACCUCUGGGACGCUGUGCUUACCUAUGAGCCCAGCAAACGCAGAUGUUGGGAGAGGAUUGGCUGUCCUCCUGGGAAUAAAGAGGAGCCUUACCUCACUGAGGCUGGUAGGGAAGCCUUUGACAUGUUUUACCGCCUACGGGAAGGGGAGCUUCAGCUUCUCCACAGUGGCCUGUUCCAGUUGCCCUCCCUGUUCCUAAUGAAGGAGAGGGAUCUAGUCAAGGAUGUCCUGAAUGUCCUCAUUGGGGUCGUGUCGGCCACCUUUUCACUCAGUCAGGCCACUCAGGUGUUUGAGGUGAAGCCAGGUGUCUACGUGUCGGGAACGUCUCCGCAGAACAUGAGCAGCCUUCUGUCCGAGGUGGCCGAGUAUGGCUCUCACUACACCCGUCUCAGUCACUUUUCUCUCCAGCCUGUUUUGGACUCCUCCUACAACAAGGGCCUCGUGUUUCAGGCUUUUACAAGUGGUCUACGGAAGUAUCUGCAGUAUUACCGAGCAUGUGUCCUCUCCACGCCACCCACAUUGAGCCUGCUGACCAUCAGCUUUCUCUUCAAGAAGCUGGGACGCCAGUUGAGAUAUUUGGCCGAGCUCUGUGGUGUGGGCACCGCUGUUCCUGGGCUCAGUGAGGGAGGGACCCGGUCCUCGUUCCCAACCGGAGUCAAGCUGCUGUCCUACCUGUACCAAGAGGCCUUGGAUAACUGCAGCAAUGAGCAUUAUCCUGUCCUGCUGUCGUUGUUGAAGGCCAGCUGUGAACCGUACACCAGGUUUAUCCAUGACUGGGUGUAUAGCGGUGUGUUCCGUGACGUCUAUGGCGAGUUCAUGAUCCAAGUAAACGAGGAGUAUCUUAGAUGCCGUGAUAAAUUUUACUGGACGCACGGCUAUGUGCUCAUUUCCAAGGAUGUAGAGGACUGUGUCCCCGGGUUCUUAAAGCAUGUUGCCAAUGAUGUCUAUGUCUGUGGCAAGACCAUCAACUUGCUGAAGCUGUGCUGCCCCCAGCAUUAUAUUUGUUGGUCUGAUAUCCCUGUGCCCCGCAUCUCGGUCAUCUUCUCCUUGGACGAGCUGAAGGAGAUCGAGAAGGACUGCGCUGUGUAUGUGGGGCGCAUGGAGAGGCUGGCCCGCCAUAGUGCCGUGAGCAAGGAGGAGAAGAAACUGAGGAUGGAGAUUGCCAAACAAGAAUUAAUUGUCCAAGCCCGGGACACGGCCUCCCGAGGAUUAAAAUCCCUGAAUGAUAGACACAUGUCAGAAAGGAUGGUCCUGGAUGCCAAGAAACGAGAGCAGUUUCAGAAACUAAAAGACCAGUUUCUAAAGGAUCAGGAGCGUCGCCUGGCAGCCAAGCAGGAGGAGAUUGAUGAUGAUUUCAGCUAUGCCCGUGAGCUGCGCGCAAGAGAGAAGAGACUGAAGGCACUGGAGGAAGAAUUGGAGCGUAGGGCGAGGCAGGACCUCAUCGACCAUUACAGCAAGUUGUCAGAGGAGGCGGCUCGCCGAGAGCAGCGGGCCCUCUGGAAGAUACAGAGGCACAAGUUGGAGACAGCCCGUCUGAAUUUUCUCUUAGAAGACCAGAAACACAUCCAGGAGAUGCUUCAAAACAUCUCUGAAGGAAAGUGCAGGGAGAAGCUGGACAUCCUCCCCAGUGUCCAUCCCCCUGGACAAGCGGGGGCCUCGAGAGGAGACCACAGAGCACAGGCUGGUCAGUGCUCUGAGAACAGAAGUGAGGCUGGAGAUUCUGAGGGGAGCCCGGAGAGUGUGCAGGACCCGCUGCCCGCAGGGGGCGCCUGGUCAUCAGGCGGGAUGGAGCCCCAGACAGAAAGCCUGGAGGGUCAUGCCCUGGGGACAAGGAGAGAGGAGCCAGUGCAGGAGGUCGGGGUCUCGAUGCUCCCUGGAUCCAGCCUGGACUUGAAGGAUUUCCUGCCGAGGCCUCUCCCAGAGGAGCCGUCUGCCUCCCCAGGUGCCCCGGCCUUGCUGGAGGCUGCGCUGCAGACCAUCUCCAUGGACCUACCCCCAGGGGGGUCCGAGGGGCAGGAAGGCAGCGAGGAGCAGCAGCAGCAGCUGUAUGACUUCACCACCGUCCUGCGCCCCUCUGCCACGGCCGAGACCCCCUCUCCCUCCCGGGGGCUCCCGGCACCCAGGGACGUGCCCCGGCCCCGCUGGAGCUUCCGCAGCCACGGCCCGGAGUCCAGUGUCCAGUCUGGUCUUCCGCCUCGGGAUUUGAUCCCUGAGCCUGAGGCUCCACAGCCUUGCCCCGGCCCUGCAAGUGGUCGGCCCCGCUGGAACAUCCACGGCCACAAGGACGCCACCACUGUGGAGCCAGCCCCACCCCGAGGGUCCGUCCACGGCCACGUGUCCGAGAGCAGCAUCCCCCUCGGGGCCUGCACGUCCGAGGUGGUGCCUUCUCGGCCCCGCUGGAACCUGCACGGCCAUGCCUCGCUGUCCCACAUGAGGAUGGGAGACCUGGCCGUGGAGGCCGAGACCCCUCGGCCACGCUGCAGCCCCUUCGGCCACGCCUCGUGGUCCAGCCUUCAACUGGGUCCGAGUGAGCCGCCCCCGCCCCCCAAGCCCCCGUCCAGGCACACGACCCCUGCCGCCGCCGCCUCCACCAUGCAGUGGUUUCUGUACAACAGGGAGCUGGGCUGCUCGGGGCCGGAUCGGCCUCCUCAGGGGGAUGAGCCAUCCCUUUCCUCGGCAGACAAGCCUGCUGCCCUGGCCCCUGAAGGCCCGGAGCCCAUCCUGAAGGAGAUGGACGCGCCGGGGGCCGCUGAAGGCCCAGAGCCCAUCCUGAAGGAGAUGGACGCGCCGGGGGCCGCUGCAGGCCCGGAGUCCAUCCUGAAGGAGAUGGACGCGCCGGGGGCCGCUGCAGGCCCGGAGUCCAUCCUGAAGGAGGUGGACGUGCCGGGGGCCGCUGCAGGCCCAGAGCCCAUCCUGAAGGAGGUGGACGCGCCGGGGGUUGCUGAAGGCCCGGAGCCCAUCCUGAAGGAGAUGGACACCCCGGGGGACGAGCCAGCCGUCGGUCCAGUCGUGACAAGUGACGAGAGCGAGGACCUCUCCCCAAACCAGCCUCUUGGGUCGCCGGUAGAAGCCGAGACCCCAGCUGCACCCCCCACGGCUUCCCCAGGCCUGGCGGAGCCCAAGGAUGGAGCCACAACCUGCACCCGGGAACAGGCCUACUUGAAAGCCUUGUCUGACCAGUAUUGCCUCGAGAAGUACCAGGACAGCUACGAGCUGAUGUCGGAGCCUCCUGUGUCCCACCUCCUGCGCCACAUCAUCCCCAGACCCUUCUCCUUCCCCCUGGAUCCCCCCGACGAGACGUCGGUGCAGCUGAGCGAGCUCCUGACCCUGCCCGUGCUCAUGAAGCACUCCAUCACGGCCCCGCUGGUGUCCCACGUGUCGUUGGUGAACAAGGCCGUGGUGGAUUACUACUUUGUGGAGCUCCACCUCGAAAAGCACUUUGAGGCCUUGAGGCACUUCCUGCUCAUGGAGGACGGCGAGUUUGCUCAGUCCCUCAGUGACCUGCUCUUCGAGAAGCUGGGCUCUGGGCAGACCCCCGGGGAGCUCCUGAACCCUCUGGUUCUCAACUCCUUCCUCACCAAAGCCCUGCAGUACAGCCUCCACGGGGACACGAAGCUCGCGGCCAACCUCUCCUUCGCCCUCAAGUACCUGCCCGACGCCUUCACCUCCAACGCCCCCGACGCCCUGAGCUGCCUCGAGCUGCGCUACAAGGUGGACUGGCCCCUCAACAUCGUCAUCACGGAGAGCUGUCUGAACAAGUACAACAAGAUCUUCUCCUUCCUGCUCCAGCUGAAACACAUGAUGUGGACCCUGAAGGACAUCUGCUUCCACCUCAAGCGCACAGCCCUGGUGAACCACGCGUCCGGCUCGGUCCAGUUCCGCCAGCUCCAGCUCUUUAAGCACGAAAUGCAGCACUUUGUGAAGGUGAUCCAGGGCUACAUCGCCAACCAGAUCCUGCACGUGACGUGGCGGGAGUUCGGGGACAAGCUGUCGGCGGUGAGCAACCUGGAGGAGAUUCACCGCACUCACGCCGAGUACCUCAACAAAGCCAUCUUCAGGGGGCUGCUGACGGAGAAGGCCGCGCCCGUGAUGAACAUCAUCCACAGCGUCUUCAGCCUCAUUCUCAAGUUCCGCGUUCAGCUCAUCUCCCAGGCCUGGGCCUACGACGGCAGCCGGCAGGUGGCCGUGCACCCCAACUUCGCCCUAAUGCAGCAGUCCUACAGCACCUUCAAGUACUACUCCCACUUCCUUUUCAAAGUGGUCACCAAGCUGGUAAACCGCGGCUACCAGCCCCAUCUGGAAGACUUCCUGCUGAGAAUCAAUUUCAACAACUACUACAGAGACAGCUGAGGCCGGGGCGGGGUCCCCCUCUGCCCCCCGUACAUGGUGGCACACAAUAAAGGGUCCCGCACGGCCCCACCGGCCAGCACGAGGGAGCCAGG